AUGCAUCCCGACCGCAACAUCGACACGUCAAACUUCGACCAUCUUCCCUUCCUCAAUCUAUACCCACGCGAUGGCGACCUUGGACCAUUGUGGGAUCAGGCAUACAAUGACUUCGCGCCUUUUGACUUCUUAGAUCCGUUGGCAUUCGACAACGUCGAAGCUGUGGACCUACCACUUUCCCCCAUUUCGCCCGAGAGCUGCUCCACUCCGACACCCACCAAGCACUGCGCCGAAGAGAACCCACCGCCCGUCUCAGAUGUUACCCGAAAGGCUUUGAUUGACUUCUAUCUCGAAGAAGUCGCCGGCACACUCUCUUGUUUCGAUGGUCCGUUGAACCCGUUUCGGAACAGCGUCGCGAGCCUCCUGGAGACCAGCCCGGCAUUGGAAUCCGCAGCUCAGAGCAUGGCUGCUGCAUGCUUGGCCCAGAACUCUCAUACGCACAAAUCCUUGGCGAACCAGCUACGCCAGGAAGCCGAUGCAAGAGUCCAGGAAAUCAUCGAGAGCGGGGAGCCAAAUUUCACCACAGUCUUCACCCUGGCCAUGCUCGGCUUCUCGGCCGAAUGGCAUGAUCCAAACGAUCACGGCGAGAAGUUUUGGAGACAAUCUCUCGACCUCUUACGGACUCCUUCUACACGUAUAAACAUCUCCGCCGAGGAGCACUACUUUUUCCGCAAUGCCCUGGCAUACUGGCGGCUGUCAAACUCCCUCAGCCUUGCGGAUGAGCUCCUGGACACGCUACCAGCCCCUUUGCAACAUGCACCAUCUAUCGUUACUUGGACCACACCUCAUCCGUGGACAGGCGUUUCCGAAGCUCCCAUCCGCCUUCUCGGUCGUGUUUCCAAUUUGCUAAAGUCUUCGGGAAACCGUUUUGCGCCGGGGCCCAACGUAAUCAAGCUGCAGGAACACUUACAAGAAGCAGCGCAACUGGAGUGCGAGCUUCUGCGCUUGCGGCUUCCAGAUGAAGAGCUGAUUCUUAAUUCCCAUGACGAGCGUACGCCCACAUCGCAUCUGAUACAGGUCGGGGAAGUGUACCGCUUAUGUGGCCUGAUUCGUCUAUACCGCGGCUUCCCUCACCUCCUUUGCCGCUCCGACUAUAGCGUGAGGACUUCCAGCCCACCCUCAACCUCCUCUUCCCCACUGCAAACCUUUGGCAUCUCCACAACUGCUGCGUCCGAAGUUGACGCCAACGGGACAAUACGACAUCUGGUCAAGCGUGCGCUGAGUAUCUUGGAGCGCAUUCCACUCGAUUCCGGCGUGCGGCUCGCGCAGCCUUUCCUGUUAACCACCUUGGCAAGCGAGCUGAGGCUUUCCAAGCACCCCGGCUCCACGCCCACACUAUCUAGCAUAGACAUGGAAAUGCUACGGGCAAGGAGGUUCGUCACUGGCCGGUUGAGUGCGCUAGAUGCGCACACCCCGCCAUAUCGGAUGUACACGAUGAUCGACUUCGUGAAGAGAAUAUGGGAGGAGAUGGAUGCUGACGAUGACGGUUGA